AUGUUCCAGGUACAGUUGCAGCAAGUUAAAUAUAAACAGUUCAAUAGCAAAUUAGGUCUGGAAAUGGGUAUUAAUUUGAUUAAGACAAAUGAAAAUGUUUGUGUCAUCAGGUUACUGGACAAUAUCAACUUCUUUGUUGAAGAGAGCAGCAACCCAAUGAUUGGUACAGAACAAGCGAUGGUCGCAUACAACAAAAGAAAGGCUGCAAUUGAAACAGAUGGUAAAGAAAUAAGAAGUUGA